AGAGGAUAAGGGCAUGUAUUUAUUCAGAGUAACAAUCAACAAGAUCGUCGCUUUGGCCGAGUGGUUAAGGCGUGUGCCUGCUAAGUACAUGGGGUUUCCCCGCGAGAGUUCGAAUCUCUCAGGCGACGUUUUUGCUUUUUUUUUUUUUUUUUUUUAUUUUUAAUUUCGCUAUUUUCUUCAUUUAUAAUUUCGCUCUUUUUUAUUUUUUUCAAUAACUAUUUCAGGGUUCAGCUUCCCCAUCCCCAUUUCGUAGCUGAAGAUCGAUAACCGCCACAACAGACAGCAACAGAGGCUUCCCAUUCACAAGGAGCUUGCUUGCUUGGUAUUUUUCUGGUGAUUGUAAUUGAGGGGAAGUCAAGUGACAUCAUGGAAAGUCCCCACUCUGUCAACAGUCCAAGAAGAACGCUCAGUUUGUCAAGACAGCGGAGGGCAAAUUAUACAUCCUUUCCUGACCCAGUUGACAACAAAACCUCUGGCUUCGGAUUGUCCGGUGAUCAUGGCCCUAAGCCUUCUGAAGUUUAUGGUUUUGUAGGAUCCAUUAGCACUAUUGUUGCUUCAGUUAUUUUCUUCAUAUGGGCAUAUGUUCCAGAAUCAUGGCUACAUUCUAUUGGCAUCACUUACUAUCCUAGCAGAUAUUGGGCUCUGGCAGUACCAACUUAUGUCAUGGUCACCAUUGUAUUAAUGCUUGGAUUCUACAUUGGUCUUAACUUCAUUUCAACUCCUUCUCCUGCAUCUAUAUACACAGUUUUUGAUGAAUUCAGUAGGGAUCCUCUGAGUCUUGAUUGCUCGCUAGAGGGAGAGGAGAAGCCCAUCGAUCCUAUAUCUGAUAUUGGUAUCGACAGAAUCAAUGAUGCUAUGUUCAAUAGUGCGGCCUAACGAUCAAACUUAACUCCAAUAGUAUGCUGGGAGUUGCUGCCAAACAGCAACGGGUGCUGCUAAUAGAUUCUCCCACAUUACAUUGAGAGGUUAUAGCUAUUAGACAAGAGAUUGAGUUGGUCUUGUUAGAGAAUGAUUGAUUCUAUUUCCUUCCAUCAAAACACUUCAGCUGCUUUGAGGACAUCGUCUUCUCGAUUUAAGUAGUAUCUAAAGGAGUAGACUGGUAUUUUGCACAGUUUGAACCACCAUCGGUUCUAUAUGAGUCUGCUAAGCCGAAUCUGCACCAACGACCACCAUGCUAACAUAUCGCACCAACGCACACGGCUGACAGAGCUCAUUGUUGACCGCACGAACCGCCUUCAUCCACAGGCAGAGCACACUUGUGAACAACAUUGAGGGCAUGACUCUUUCUUUUAAACAUUUGCAAAUUAUCUUUCUAAGAAAAAAAUAAUGUUCAAGAAUUAAGUACUUGCAUCUUUAACAAAACUGAGGGCCGCAUCUUUAACACAUAGAAUAGCACCCCCGUUACAAUUGAAAAAAAUCACACAAAACUUGUAGAUAUGCAAUUGAUUUAUUUGCAGGACCAUGGACUUGUUUUUCAAUGGG